AUGACGUGUGAGUCAUUCACAAAUUAUAUCGACGAGAAACCAAAUUUUGAGAUAUUGGAAAUUAAUUUCAAAAUUCAACAAUCUAACGAAAUCGAGUCAACUGCUAGCAGAGUAAUUAACUUCUCAUCAAAUGACUCAUCAACAAAGACUAAAACAUCAACACGAGUGGACAACCACACUUCUAACAGUACAUCCUCUUCCAAUAUUACAUCCACUUUAAACACUCCAUCUACUUCUAACACUCCAUCUACUUCCGACAUUCCAUCCACUUCCAAUAUUCCAUCCAGUUCCAAUAUUCCAUCUACUUCAAGUGAUUUUAGCGUUAGUGUUGAGAUUCCGGUAGAUACAGAAGCCGAUAGUCCUGUAAGAGAAAAUAAACGUAGAAGAGUGGAGCGAAUUCUGAGCAGUGAUGAGGAAAGCGAUUAUACAAGUAUAAGUCUUGCUAGAAAAUACAACACUCCUAUUCAAGACACUUUGAAGGCCAAAAUCAGUUUAAUCGAAAAAGAGCUAAUUGCAGCAAUUGAGGGCCGCGACUCUGGUCUCAUUGGGCCUGAGAUUCAAAAAAAGAUUAACGACUUGAAAAAGAAUCUUGAGGAAAAUAAAAAACUACUUACAAAAAAGGAAAACAAAGCAAAACUCGCACGAAAAUAUAGAUUACAGAGAAAACAGGCACUCAGUAUAAUUAAAACAGAAAAUCCCGAUGUAGCUAAAGCUUUACAUAUUCGAGAAACACCAGGCAGACCCCGACUCGAAGACGACCAGCCAGAACUAUUGAAAGCAAUUAUUGACAUCGCGAUGUUCGGAGGAGCUGCUGACAAUCGUCGACGAACAGAGCUAGUUCAGAGUUGCAAAACCUUGGAGGACUUACACAUUGAACUGCAAGCACAAGGUUUUAAUUUAUCGAAAGGUGGUGUCUAUUUGAGACUUCUUCCUCGGAACUCUCGUACAGCGGAGGGUAUGAGGCACGUCACUACUGUACCAGUAAAGCUUUGUCGUGCUCAAACAGAUGGACGAAAAGGACAUCGUGAUGGAAAAUUUUGUACAGCAUCUAUAAAGUCUGUGGAACAACUGAUUUCAAUAUUAGGCCCUAGGCAAGUCGCCAUCAUCUCUCAAGAUGAUAAGAGUAGAGUGCCUCUAGGCCUGACUGCUGCAAAGAAGCAGGCACCUAUUCUGAUGCACUUGGAGUACAAAGUGACAUUACCAGAUCAUGACUGGGUGGUAGCACCCAGUCAUAAGUUAAUUCCAAGUGUCUAUGCGGGAAUUAAGGUAGAGAACGGCAAGAUUGGCGAUCCAAAAUCUGUCACAUAUUCAGGACCUACGUAUAUUGCGAUUCGCAGUGCUAAACAUUGCUCCAGCACUGCAGAAUCACACGCAUUUGAUUUUCAGAAGCUUGUACAUUUAGAAUGUUUUAGAGAUAUAAUUUACGACGGAGAACAAGUAAAGCCUGUCCUAGUGAUCAUGUCCGACGGUGGACCGGAUGAAAAUCCACGCUACCAGAAAGUGAUUGAGUAUGCAGUAAAUCAUUUUAUUAUGUACAAUCUAGAUGCACUGUUUAUAAUUACGAAUGCUCCUGGGCGAAGUGCGUAUAAUCGCGUAGAAAGACGUAUGGCUCCGUUGAGUCGGGAACUGUCUGGUCUAAUACUACCUCACGACCAUUUUGGCUCGCACCUCAAUAAUAGUUCUGUAGUAGUAGACAAAGAGCUUGAAUUAAAAAAUUUUGAAUUCGCUGGGGAGACUCUUGCGGACGUAUGGAGCAAAUUGAUAAUUGACGGGUCUCCAGUAAUCGCAGAAUAUGUCAAGCCGGAGUGUUUUGCUGAAAAGCCAAAUAUUUUAUCACCCGAAUGGUACUAUUUACAUGUACAGGAGAGUCAAUACUUCCUGCAGAUAGUCAAAUGCGCUGAUCGAAACUGCUGUGGAGAUUGGAGGAGCAACAUAAAAGAUGUUCUUCCAACGAGUAAUGGUUUCUUACCACCUCCUUUUCCAUUACGCAGGAAUGAUCAAGGAAUAGUUAUCAUUCCAAAUCCAGAUGACGUUAAAGAUAGUGAUAGUUUUCCUGAUCUUUGUCUUCGCCAAUCGGUUGGACUAAAACCUGUUACUACAACGGGUUCAAGUAUCCCUUACGAUUUUUACUGCCCUUCAGUGCGUAACGAGAUCGAAGGAAGAACGUGUGAUUUUUGUCAAGCAUAUUUUGCAUCAAAAAAGCAAAAGGCCAUACAUAGUAAGGCGAUACAUGGCUGCAACAUUACUGACAAACAGCGUGCAAAAAAAUUAAUAUCAAAGCGGGGCACAGAAUUACUGUGUGAGCUUGACAUUUUAGAACCCGUAGUAGAAUGGAUUGAAGAAAAUGACGUAGAAAUAGUUACACGUGAAGUACCUGAAGUUCAGAUAGACGAAAAUGUAUUUCCAGUUAUAAACAACUUACAUGAUUGGCUAGUCUCGCCAUUUGAAGACGAUGAUCUCUAACAAAUGAAAAUUUGUU